GAACAGGACUGAGAGUCAGUGAGGAUCUACUACAGGAACAGGACUGAGAGUCAGUGAGGAUCUACUACAGGAACAGGACUGAGAGUCAGUGAGGGUGUAUAGGAACAGGACUGAGAGUCAGUGAGGAUCUACUACAGGAACAGGACUGAGAGUCGGUGAGGAUCUACUACAGGAACAGGACUGAGAGUCUGUGAGGAUCUACUACAGGAACACGACUGAGAGCCGGUGAGGAUCUACUACAGGAACAGGACAGAGAGAUGGUGAGGGUCUACAGGAACAGGACAGAGUCAGUGAGGAUCUACACAGGAACAGGACAGAGUCAGUGAGGAUCUACACAGGAACAGGACAGAGUCAGUGAAGACUGAAUUGAAGCUCAAUCCGUUCACCAGUGUUUGGUAAUCAGAAGCGACUUCAAUCCUCUGCGCGCGCACGGACCUCAUGCCGUUUUCCACUGAGAUGCCAGAUAGAAUUCCUGCCUGGAACAAAACCUCAGUUCUGGGAAUAACACGGCCAUUCUCCUGCGGAAUUCUCUGAAAUGAUUCAGUAUUGUUCUAGCAGACACGAAAUUAACAUUUUGCGUAAAACGUUUUUUUUUUUUUUUUUUUUUGUUCCGGACCGGCGUUUUAAAGGAACACAUCGAGCAGACCCGCUCGAACCGAGAGAGCUCAUCAGCAUGAAGAUAACUGGUGUCUACGGAGACUGUACAACAGCUUCAUUAACACUCAAACUCAGAUAAAACUGUUUAAAAGUCGAGCUGCUGGUGAGAAAACAAACACAGAAUGGACUCUGAGAGCUGAAGGACAGACAGGUUGUGAACGUCCUCAGGAGUGAUGGAGGCGUUGGAGCAAAUUCCCACGGAAAGUGAGUUGGUUCUCCAGGCGAAACUGCUGUGCAGGGAGUUCAUGUACUCCAGAAUAACUCGGGAAGGACUGAGCUGGUGUCGAGUGGAAGCCGCUCCACCUGCAGCUCCUGCAGCUCUCACACACGCAGCACUGGUGCUCCUCAAGCUGGGUGACGAACUUGAGAACAUGAGGCCUAAUGUUUAUCGAAACAUCGCCAAGCAGCUGAAUAUCUCGGUGACGAUGGAGGCUGUGGUGUCGGACGCGUUUCUGUAUGUAGCGACUGAAAUCCUCUCCCUCGGGAUCACAUGGGGGAAAGUGGUGGCCAUCUUUGCGGUGGCUGGUGGUCUGGCGGUGGACUGUGUGCGACAGGAGCGUGCGGCUGUAGUGCACACUAUAGAGGAAAGUCUAGGGGAGUUUGUGAGGAAGAGCCUAGUGCCCUGGCUCAGGAGGAGAGGAGGAUGGGGUGACAUUUUGAAGUGUGUGAGGAACGUAGAGAACCGCACUCAAACACACUGGACCUCAUCAGUCAUACUGACCUGGAGACACCUUUUGAAUAUGAUCUAUAUCUACCUGAUAAAGUAACUGUGAGGCAUGAAGGACAUUUUUAACCUCUUUAGCACUCCAAAUGGUCAGACGGUGCCCUCUAGUGGCUCCACUCUGUAAUACAAUUAAAAUCCAUUCUCAGUUUCAAUUCCACACAUUUAGUGUAAAUGUAACUAUAUAUUAUAUUAUUUAUAUUAUAUUAUUAUAUUACAAUGAUUUGGCGUUAUAAAGAAAGCUACAUCUUUUAGAGACUCUAUAUACAGUAUAUAUGAAAAAAAAAUAUGGGACACAUGAGAUGCUCCUCUAAAAUUGUCCAAUUUCACACAAUAAAACCAUUUAAUAAACGAAGGAAAAUACAUUCAAGUAAAUAUAUUAAUAUUGCUAAAUUAUUUCUAAGGAACUUUAAUCCACGCCCCUUACCCGAGUCAAGAAAGUGAUUUGUCUUCAAGGCCGUCUCUUUUUAAAUAUUAUUUAUUUAUAUUUAAAUACGUUAGGGAAAUCUUGUUGCUUGUGUGUUGGUCUGGAUCCAACACUGACGUUUUAUUACCGUGUGAACAUUGCGUUGGUUCCGAGUGAAGAGUUUGAACUUUUAAAUUGAUUUUUUUUUUUUUCCAUGAAUGAACUUUUAUUUAUCAUCGGUUUUCUCACACUGAUGUGGAGAACCAUGCUGCACUUUUUUUGGUUUGUUUUUCGAGCACGUUUAAUACAUGCAUGAUACAAUAAAGAUUCAAAUUUCUGUUGCUUUAAUAGAUAUUUAUUGAACAGACGUACGAUAGAACAGUGAAAUGAGCAAAAUGGCACCACAAGGAAUUUUUUUAUCCUGUGUUCACACUAGCAGAUGAGUAAAAGCUGGUAAUAUCUUAAUGUUUUGUCUUUGGAUCAUAAUGAUCUGUGUGUUUACAUUAAGAUAUUAGGUUUUUUUUUUUUACUCUGUACAUAAAUAAUGA